CAUGUACUUCAGUUAGUAUAAAAUGCAAUGCUGUCUGAAUUGUGGUCACAAGAUGAGUUCUAAGGAAGUUCAAUGGGUGCUAUUAAUGUCCGUUUUUGUUCAUGUUUGGGGAUAUCCUACUCCUUUCCGUGAAGGGGAACCAAGAUCUCCUCAUGCGGUAGUAUCAGACCUGAACUCUCGUUUGGCUUCCCAUACGCCUCGUCUGAAAGCUCAGGAGCCUCGGCUACCGCUGCCGAGUCUUCAAGAACUGGAGGCCAUUAAGAAAGUCGCACAGAUCCUCAUUAUGUUAGGAGACCAGGUAAUACCCGCAAUCAUAGGUGAACCUCCGAAGCACCUCCAGCCGCCUGGCGGCGUCGACGUCCCAAACGACCCCGUCAACGAUAAACAAGAUUAACUUUAAUGUCACUGUUUAUAGUUCAUUUUUCUUUAAGGUUUUUCAUUUAAUUACGCUCAUGUUAAUAAAGUUUAUAGUGUAAAUCUCAUAAGUAUAGCUAAAGAUAAGAAAAAUAACAGCUUAAGUGGAAAAAAAUAGUUUAAAUUGAUAUUCUAUAUAUAAAGAAAUUGUAAUUAAUGAUAUUUAAAUUUUGAACAUCACUUAUUCCGUAGAUAAGUAAACUACUUUAAUCUGA